UCUUCUACAACAUCUUUGCCAUAUGUUUAAAUGUUUUGAUAGGGUAGAUGUUUAUUAUUAUUAGUAAAUUUGUAGAAAAAACAAAUUAUGAUUCGCACAUGGGGCCCAAUCACCCAAGCAUUAUUAGGCACACUUUUAACAUGGGGAAUCACUGCAGCCGGGUCGGGAAUGGUGAUAAUUGUCAGAGGUACACAGCGGAAAUUGCUUGACUUAAGCCUAGGGUUUGCAGGUGGGGUAAUGAUUGCAGCAUCUUACUGGUCUUUGCUUGCCCCAGCUAUUGAAAUGGCUGAAGAAUCUGAUUUGUAUGGUAAAGAUGGUCGAUUUGCGUUUGCUCCUGUGGCAGCUGGAUUUUUAUUGGGAGCGUUAUUUGUUUUUGGAACCGAUGCCCUCAUUUCAUACCUGGGUGUACAUUCACCAAACAUUAUGUUAGCAUUUGCAUCAUCUGGGAAAUAUCCAAAAGAGGAAACUGUGGAUCAUCCAACAAUUUCCAACGAUGAAAGACAGUUUGUCAACAGUCACACAUUAAUUGAAGGUUUUGGAGAUGCAACUACAAGUCCAGCUGCUGUUUCACGGAGAAGGAUAGCAGCUACAGUUCCUGCACAAGACCCGUAUAGUUCCUUCACUGCUGGUUCAACACUUGAUAUUGUGGAAGAAACAAAAAAUAAGCAGUGGAAGAGAAUACUCUUGUUGAUUGUUGCCAUUACAGUUCAUAAUAUUCCAGAGGGUCUUGCUGUGGGUGUAGGCUUUGGUGCCAUUGGCAGUUCUCCAUCUGCAACAUUUGAAAAUGCAAGGAACCUCGCCAUCGGCAUCGCCAUUCAGAACUUCCCAGAGGGCUUGGCUGUUAGUCUUCCCCUCAGGGCCACUGGCUUCUCGACUCUGCGCAGUUUCUGGUACGGCCAGCUGAGCGGCGUGGUGGAGCCCAUCUUCGGCGUGGUCGGCGCCGCCACGGUGGGCAUCGCGCGGCCGCUGCUGCCGUACGCGCUCUCCUUCGCCGCCGGCGCCAUGGUCUACGUCGUGCUGGACGACAUAGUGCCCGAGGCACACUCCAGUGGCAACGGCAAGCUGGCGUCGUGGGGUGCCAUGGCGGGCUUCCUGGUGAUGAUGUCGCUGGACGUGGGCCUCGGCUAGUCGCCGCCGCCGCCACCGCUCCUGCUGACCAGGUGCCGGCGUACGCCGGCCCGCCGAUGCUCAGUUCCAAGUUCUCCAAGGGUGCUGCUGACGCCACCCCUCAGGGUGGCAUUUAUUUUUAUAUCUAACGUUACCAAUACUUUUAGUAAAAAAAUACAAAAAGAGUGCGAUUUAAAAUUGGGCCAACGAUAGCUGCUUCUCAACUUUGACGUGUACUUAUUUUUCAGUGGUAUUGUACUUUUCUGUGGGUGUUACACAGUAUUUUGUCAGUUGAUAAUUAUAUGUGCGCUUAUGAUGUUUUUAUUGAUACAAAAAGUAUUUCUCUUUGUCCGCGUUUGAUGCCUUUAUCUUAACCAUGACUGGAAUUUUGUAUCGUGUUCUAUGAUCUACACACAAUUAGUUCCUACCGUUAUUUUGUUAAUAUGGGUAGAUCUCUGACUCCGUAUAUUCCUCAAAUCAAUUAGCAUGUAAUUAAAUCCACCUCGUUGUUGUAAGUUCGGUGUGCUAACUAUUUCAUUUUUGUAUCUAAGUGUCAGUAUUAGUUGUUUUUUAACUGUGUCGAAACUGUGAUACACGAGUGUAAUUUUACACUGCCCCUCUGCAGCAUUUACCAGCGUCUAUUAUUGACGCUCAUAUAACUCGUGUUAACUGCCUUACUGUUUUGGUACGUAUGCAGCGUAUAGAAACUGCUCUUUUUUUUUUUUUUUAAUUCCUCCAGUUUAUUUCAUAUUGUGCUCACUUCUCAAACAAAUUUUACUAGAAGAUUUGAUAACUUACUCAAAAUGUAACUUUUAAUCUCCAUUGAAAGGAGAAGCGAAAUAAGUGAAAUUUGCCAAUUGUAAGAAAGCUAAGAAUUUUAGUCUGUAAUUAAUUCAAAAAUUAUAUUCGAUUAUAUCUCCGUCAAAAUUACAUAUUUUUCAUUUAAUCGUGUAAGCUGGACACCACAGUGCAGUAGCAAACUGUGGAACAGCACAAAUACCCUACUGCAUUCGAACCAAAGAUCUUGGCAUGAAAAGUAGAGUGGGCAGUUUUUUUGUAAUAACUUAAAUGUUAAGGUACAAAUUUUUUGCAGCUGUGCCCACAGGUAUAUCAUAUGAGAGCAAUAUUGUUACUUUAGAAAUAAAAGUAUGUGCAUGUUUGA